UGAAAAAAAAAAAAAACAAAAAAAACGAAGCCAAAGUUCAAUUAGUUGGUUUGUUGAUCCAAGUCUCUCUCUCUCCAAGAUGGGAAGUAGAGGGCAGUUAAUGGAAGUUUGGAGACCAAAACUAAAGCAGGCAUCACUACUCUGGUUCCAUGGUUUCACAGAAGCUCUCUCUCUCCACAGAGUCGUCAUCUACUGCCUCAGGUCGAGAGAGCUUGCGAUCCGAACAGGGCAGUGUUUUAUCUUAAACGGCUUGAUUUUCUUAGGAAGUAUCUUUGUUCUAAAGUCUGUUAUUAUUCCAACACUACAAUGGAUAUUACCUGAUCAGUGCCCACAGACUGUUUCUCAAGAACCAUGCUCAUUUGAUGGUAUUUUAGAACUUUAUUCUUCCUUGCGUCUUGGACUCCUACAACUCGUCUAUGUAUUAUGGUUUUAUCCAUUGUACAUAUUCAGCUUUAUUAUAAGCAGCAUGUGGUACAAUGACAUUGCUAAGUAUGGUUUUCUUGCGAAUGCAAAAUCUGGAAAUACUGUUACUGAGCUAUCGAGCUCACCGAAAGCAACUCAGACGGAUAAACCUACUGACCUUGGGGGAGUCAUGAUUGGAAUAGCUGAACAGGUCUAUUCAGUCCUCCUCUUGAAUGUAUUCUUCCUAGAGGUUUUUGUUACAGGAUAUAUACCUUAUUUUGGGAAGGUGCUGAAUUUCUUACUUCUUUCCUGGAUGUAUGCUUACUACUGCUUUGAGUACAAAUGGAACUUCUCUGGACUGAGUUUGGACAAAAGACUUGAUUUCUUUGAAUCCAACUGGGCAUUCUUUGCUGGUUUUGGAAAUCCAUGUAUUCUGGCUAUUUUCUUUUUCUCUCCUCUUGUGAGCUAUGGGGUCAUGGCUAUACUCUUUCCACUGUUUGUUCUGACAGCGUCAGGCUCAGAUGCUGACAAGCUCAUUACUUCUCAAAGAAGAAAAUGGGACGGUGCAGGUUUGCGAAGGCUUCCAAUAUUUUCUGUCGCAGAUUAUUUGUCGAUGCGAGUCUUGUCUUUCUUCCCCUUGGAACCUCGAGAACAAAUUCAAGACAAGGCACUCUGAGAAGUGACUCCAUGUGGCACACAAAUUAGUAUGUUGAAUGCGAACAUAUAUAUGUAUAUAUUGUGUUAUAAUUUUUUAUUUUGAAAACCACUUUGCUCUUAGUUUACUGCUUUAAUUUUUAAAAUUUGGCCGUGCAUAUUUUUUUAUUUGUCUCUGUUUUGUGGAGCAGUUUACCUGUGGUUGCCAAAUUGUUGCUUUGAGAUGUUCUGCCUCUUGUUUACAUAAAAGUGCAGCACCUCAAGGUAAAACGAAAAUAUUGUUCUGUAUCUUUGUAUAUAUUAAUUAUUCUUAAUGUCCAACGUUAUGGGAUUAAGACAAAUAUUUAUAUUUCUUAA